AUGCUUAGUAGGCAUCGUCGGCAUCAAACACCAACAUUUUUGGAAGGAACACCAGGGAGGUAUCUGAAGCGGGAAACUCCACCUCCUAUUCCCAUUUGCAAUGGUUUUAAGCCGCUUUUAAAAGCCACUCAAAGUUUGGAUCAUGGUUCUCCAGGUCCAUCAGGUGCUAAAGAGAAGCAAAACAAGCCCAAAACAAGAACUGAAAUUUCUUCGUCUCAAAGCUUUAAUGGCAGUAAAUCUUCUCAUCAGUAUUUUGUCAGGAAGGGCUUAACUCCAUCUUUCAGCAUUGGCAACAUUGUGCAGCAAAAUGUUUCUGCGCCUACUGGUCACUGCGAUGAACACAGAGUGGUUUCUAUGUCCUUACAGAGCUUGCCAGGUCGUACUGCUUUUUCAAGCCUAGAUGAAAAUUUUGUUGUUAGCACCGGGGAGGAGGAGCUUUGCUUGCCAUUGCCGCAAGGUUGGGAUAUGGAAGUAACGCCAGAAGGCAAACCUUACUACGUUGAUCAUAAUACUAGAAGGACGCAUUGGGAGCACCCUUUAAAGCAAGAAAUUCUCCCUCCAGGUUGGGUUAAAAGAUUUACUCAGGAGCAGGGAGUGGUGUAUUAUAAUGAAGUGGAAGAUCGCUUUCAGUACGAGCACCCCUGCUCAAUGAAUCCAAGGUGUACCGAAGAAAUGGCAGUUCAGUCAAACGUUUAUUCUGUACCUCAAAGAGCUGAAAGCACGAUUGAACAUCUUAAUAUUAUUUCAGAAGACAUCCCAGAUUGGCUGCAGUUAUAUUCCAGAGCCCCAUUUGAUCUUGACUAUCUUUUGGAGAGAAUUUUGUUUCAGUGGAACCUUUUCACUUUACCUCAGCUUGAGUUACACGAAGAACAACUCAGGAAACUUUUUAAACAGGAGAUGAUCAAUACAGCUAUCAAAUAUGAACGUUUGGGGCGAGAGAUAACAAAGGAGUUGAAUAGACGGCAAGCACGCUUUUAA